CGUUGCAGCACCCUCCUCCACCAGCUGCACCGAGCACCACAGUAGUGUAGUAUUUUCAUCUGCGCUGCACUCUCCUGCGGGUUUACCGAGGAAAUAAAGCCGGGUUUGCCUGCCCAAACAGAAAAGUGUAUGAAGGAACUUCUGGCCAAAGAUGGAGGCCUGGCCAACAGUGGCCUGGGUCCUGCUAAUGACCAACAUUGCUGAUUGGCUGAAAACUGUCCAGUCCCGGGACUUCACCAUGAUGGACAUCAUCCUGCUGCAUCCCUCGACUACACCUCAUCCUGGCAGCUUUAAGUGCUUCACGUGUGAAGACGCUGCAGAUAACUACGAGUGUAAUCGUUGGGCGCCGGAUGUUUACUGUCCAAAAGAUGCCAGAUACUGCCACACACUGCACAUGAUGGAUAACUAUGGAGACAGUGCGUCUGUGACCAAGCGCUGUGCGAGUCUGAAGGACUGUCGGUUCACCGGCUGUGCUGGCAUCACCGAUAAUGGCUAUCAUAUGUGCUCGUCCUGCUGUGAGGGGAACAUCUGUAACAUGUUGGUGCCGAGGAAUACGAGCAGCGCCAUCUUCUCCUCGACUUCUCCUCUGGUGAGCUCGAGCGGAGGGUUCCUUCCAGCAACGCUGAGCUACAUCAUCAUCACCAUCUUUACAGCUCGGCAUGUUUGAGAGGGAGACUUGAUAAAGGACAUUGUAUAUGUAUAUAUAUUUUAAACCUGGCUCAUGCAGACUUGGGAUUCAUGUUUGUUUUUUCCUGCUGUUUCAGAAACUGUGUGUUUUAACUUGAGGUUUGAACAAAUACAAUAAAACAGCAGCAUCUUCCCUUCUAGUGAGGUUCCCUUUCUCCUCUCAGACAAUUUGUUGAAGCUUUUUCGUUGUAUUUAUUUAAGCUAAGUGUCGAAGUUGUAACAGUAUUAAUGUGACUGUGUUGUUGAACUAUGUCUGUGUGUAUUUCCUGAGGUUUUGUCAUAUUUAAUUGCUUGUGUUAUCAAUUAUCAUCUUGGUUUUCGUAUGUUAGAGUACAUACCAAAUGGUGACUGAUGUUACAUGACAUAACUGCAUUUAUCCCCCAGACUCAACCUCUGUAUGAAGUGACAGUUGUUUUUUAUUUUACAAACAUUAACAUCCUUUUGUCCAAUCUGUAGUCACAUUCGCUAAACUCUAAAAACAAUUAGCACAACAUCCGUCUAUUGUAGACUAUACCAUAAACAUAAUGCAUGUUGUUUUCACAGAAUAUGCAGUCAAUAAACACGUUUCUAA